GUUCAUCCAUUGGACAAAGUGCUUCUCCUUUCCGGUUCCCCUCUUCUGCUUUGCUGAGAUUGCAGGGUGUUUAGGUGGGGACCAUCUCUGGGUGUACAGUGCACAAUCUUGACUGAGGUCUGUUAGGGCUAUUAUAACAGAGGGAGACUAGGAACAUAAUAUAGGAAUAUAGGAGAGUAGGAACAGAGUAUAAUAUAGGAAGCCUCGCAUUGAAUCCCCGCAGCGUUGUGUUAAACCUGCUGUUGGGGAUAUCUUUGCCAUCCCUUCUCCCCUCCCCACUGCCAGAUCAAAAAGUGCAUUUGGUAGCACUUUAAACAUUGCCACUCAAUACUUGAGGACCAAAUAACCCUUUGCUUCAAAGGCUGCUUUUUGGAUAGCCUGUUGAUCCCCAGAAAGGUUGGAGAGACGAGCUCGUGGCAUGUUAUAACAACAGGAGUGCAGAAGCUUUCCCUUAUCCACCUGCGAGGCAUGAAAUAGCACUACAUCGGGUUCAUCUCGUGGUUAUUCGAUGCAAGUCAUCGGGCGCUUUCCCAUUUCUCGUAUCAAUCCAGUGGGAAAGACGUUGAUGCUGCCGGCGUGGAUCCCCCCUGAGCUUAUUCCCUUCCUCGUGGUGUCAUGAAAUCCAUGUCUUCUUGUCAUUCAUACUGGUUUUUCUGUUUUUUUUUUUUAAUUUUAAGCGAGGUCUGUGAUUUGGCAGCUUGAGUUCAUGAACAGACUGGGCUUAAAAAAAUGGCAGAGUUUCAAAAUAUUGUAUUUUGCUUAAGAAAAGGAAAGGAAAAUAAACUCCCCAUGUGCAGACUGGCAGAAGGCAGGAAGGCGUUUCAUAUUGAUUUGCCUUUGGUAUUUUGCCACCGUCUGCUGCCGCUGAUCCUGCUUGUGAACCCCGAUGAGAUUAAAUUCAUUACAGUCUGCUCUGGUUCAUGUUCAAAUCGGGUGGAUUUCCACUGGGUCAGUCACCGCCGGCCGGGACUGGCCGGAGAUGGUGGCAUGCACCGCAUGGCUUGUGCAGGGGAAUGAAUAUAGGAAAAGCAACAAAACUGGGAAAAAUCUGCAGCUGUUUUGUGGUUUCCUUUUAUUUUUUUAAAUUUGUUUUGGUUUUCUAGACCUUUUGUAAGAGCUUUAGUGGGUAGGGGUGUCGAAAUGAAGACAGGCUGGCACACCAAGAGAGAACAUGCAGGGUUAUGGGUCAGGUGCAAAUGCUGGCUCCAGUUCCUUGAGCAAGUCGCUUAGUCUGUCUGUGCCUCAGUUUCCCAACUGUGAAAUGGGGGCGGGUGAUUCCUUCUUUCUCACACCCAUGUGUCUUGUCUGUUUAGAUCUAGAUUGAGGCAGGGAUUGCUUCUUAAUAUGGUGGUGCUGAUGGAUGUUAAUACCUGCCAGGCUCAGCAGAAGAAGGGAUCACAGUUAAAACAGCUGUGGAUGGAGAGGGAUGCUACCGCCGAGGCAUUAUUAUGACUCUCAGCAGCGGGCAUGAGGUUUAGCCCAGGGCUUGCGUGCAUGUUGCAGGCCGUGUGUGCGGGAGGCAGAAAGCCAGAAGGAGGAACCGUAAGCAUGACCCUGAGAUGCAGCCCAAAUUUCUUGGGCAUAGGGUUUGCCGGGGGGGUAUAUGCAUGGAUUUCUAAGCAGGGAGACGCUCUCCUGCUCAUAAUGUAUGGAGAGAAACUGGAGCUUGUUUGCAUUUUUUUUUGUAAAUAAGAAGAUUGCACCCCAAAAUAUAUCUGCUCCUGUCACCAAGUUAUCAUCUCGAUCUCAGCUGGGGCUUUUGUGACAUCAGUGAGAAAAUGACCCAAAAAUAUAAUGGCCAGGUCACCUCAGCUCCCGUAAAUAUUGCAACUCCUUGUCUAUAUACAUUUUCUUGUUGGAGCAUCGCAUGGCUCCUUGCAGCGGAGAACAUGCUUUCUUCACACGCACGUUAUGGCUCUGUAUGGUUUUCUAAUAAUAACAAAAAAAAAACAACACGUGCAAUCCCGUCAUUUCCAGUAAGUGCUUUUCCCCUGAGGUGUCCGCUGUAUUGUCACAGCCUGUUCCAGGCUGGAAUAGCCUUUUGCCAAACCGAGCAAGCUCGAUCUUGUCUUUUGCAACAGGCAAGAGAAAGAGCUGCAAUUAAAGUUGACUAAUGACUUCAGCAGGAUGGUGUUCGGUUCAGGUCAGUUCACGUUCAGUUUGCAUUUUACCCCAGCGCCCUCUAGAGCUCUGCCUUUCCCAGACGAGUUUAGGCUCGAACGUGACGGCAAACGGUGUCAUAGAAAAACAAACCCUGACAUGCCCACGGAAAAGCUUGCCGGGAACAGGGAGAGAGACGGAUGCUUGCAGAAACACGGCAAGAAGAGAAACCCGGGGCUGAAAAUUCCUAAAGAAGCAUUUGAGCAACCACAGACAAGCUCCACGCCGCCUAGAGAUUUAGACUCCAAAGCCUGCAUCUCUAUUGGGGAGAAGAACUUUGAAGUCAAGGCCGAUGAUCUAGAGCCGAUCUCCGAGCUGGGACGAGGCGCGUACGGGGUGGUGGAGAAGAUGAGGCACAUGCCGAGCGGGCAGAUCAUGGCGGUAAAGAGGAUCCGAGCCACGGUGAAUAGCCAGGAGCAGAAGAGGUUACUGAUGGACCUGGACAUCUCCAUGAGGACAGUAGACUGCCCCUUCACUGUCACCUUCUAUGGGGCUCUCUUUCGAGAGGGAGACGUGUGGAUCUGCAUGGAGCUGAUGGAUACCUCCCUGGACAAGUUCUACAAACACGUCAUCGACAAAGGCCUGACGAUCCCAGAAGACAUCCUAGGGAAAAUAGCUGUCUCCAUUGUAAAAGCGCUUGAACAUCUACAUAGCAAACUCUCCGUCAUUCACAGAGAUGUAAAGCCCUCCAACGUGUUGAUCAAUGCACUGGGGCAGGUGAAAAUGUGUGAUUUUGGAAUUAGCGGUUACCUCGUUGACUCUGUUGCUAAAACCAUGGAUGCAGGAUGCAAACCUUACAUGGCGCCUGAAAGAAUAAACCCUGAACUGAACCAGAAAGGCUACAGCGUCAAAUCAGAUAUCUGGAGCCUGGGAAUCACUAUGAUCGAGCUGGCAAUCCUGAGGUUUCCGUACGACUCGUGGGGAACGCCGUUCCAGCAGCUCAAGCAGGUGGUAGAGGAGCCUUCGCCACAGCUCCCGGCAGACAGGUUCUCUGCAGAGUUCGUUGAUUUUACCUCGCAGUGCUUGAAGAAGAAUUCCAAAGAGCGGCCAACGUACCCCGAGCUUAUGCAACAUCCUUUCUUCACCCUGCACGAAUCCAAAGAGACAGACGUCGCCUCUUUCGUCAAACUCAUCCUGGGAGACUGAGAAGCGGAGCAGCACACGCUUCUGCCCUUCCUCGGACCGGUGGGUCUGGGGAGGGGGCGCGCGGCGGGCCUCUGUCAUGACAGCACCAAGAGAAAGUCGCCGGUUUUCUUUUUAACAGCAAAAACCCGCCUCUCCCAAGUUUUUAAAGGGUUCUUUGGUAUCCAUAGUGACAUAGAGUGAACUGGUUAGUGAAUUGAAAUUUUAAAAGGUUGGUAACCUGACAACAAAAAAAAUUUUUCAAGGGUGAUUUAAAUAUUUAAUGACUGUCAAAAUCCCCCUCCUAACUCCCCCCUCCCCCCUUUCCUCGUUCCUCUCCAACCAGAAUUUGCUUUUGUCAUGGUAAUAGGUGCUAUGGUAGUCAUGAAGUUGUGUGUAGAGUUAUAUUUUGUCCCUCCCGUUAUUUUAAUAUUUAUGUUAAGUGCUUGAUUGAAUAGAUUUCUGUUUUAUAUGAGGAUGAACGUGUGGUGAUGACCAUAAUGAUAAGCGAGGCUACAGCGAGCAAUAUUUAUAGGGCUUAGCUGGGGAAAGGGUUGCAAAGAGAAAAGAAAAGCAACAAAAAAAAAGCAUAAAUGUCGCGGAAAUUAUUGAAUGCGCAUCGUUACAAGAGUUUAACAGGGAUUUCGGCUGGAGCUGCCUUGGAAGACAGCUUGGAAAGGGAGCACCAGACGUGUUGUGGGUCAAGCCAGGUCUUUUCCGGGAGGGACGUUGCCCUCCGUGCUGUGCAAGGAGCACGUGCGGUCCGGGUGCACGGUAUUUGCGAUGCAUUUCCAGCAGACCGCCGCAGCCUGCCAUGCGUCCCGCGGUAGCGCCGCCACGUUUCCCACGCUGGAGGCAUCGGUGAUCGAGACUGAAGAUGUUGCGCGGAAAUCUGAAGCAGGCAUUAGCUGAUCCCUCGCCCGGCUGCGAGCCCAGGAGUGUUUGGCAGGGAGCCUUUUCCUCCUUUUAAAGCUCAGAGAGGUUUUUUUGGCCGGAGUCAGGAGUUCCUCGGUCCUCCCCAACGGGAGGAGAGCCUUGCAGGAGGGCUGUGUGCAGAGCUGGGGAGCCACAAGGAGGAACAGCAGGGAUGGAGGAUGACGUCCUGGGUGCAGGGGGAAGUCCCCCAAGACCCUUGCGCUACACAGGCAGAAAUCCUCUGCACUUACCCGCCGGCAAUUGAAAUGCUCGUGAGCUCCCUUGCAGUGCGGUUUGAUCGCCGUCCAGAGCUGGGCUGCAGCACAUGCUGCAGGUGUCCUGAGUGUGGGCUUUCAGCAUGGGAAACAUCCCCAGGAAGCUACCGUCCUACGGACACCAGGAGUUCGUUGCUGUGUGGUGGGAUCCUCAAAGAAAAGUUGCUAGCGGAGGGUAAGAGCCCGGAGGAUGUUGGUCUGUCGGGGAAAAGACGGCUCGACGACGCUGCUGUCCUGUUAAUACAGGAACUGUAGGGUGGGCAAUCCGCUUCUGACUCUGCUCUUACUGAUUCAGCUGAAUCAGGAGUGACUCUGGAUUCACACAAGUUUGAGCAGAACCCGGGCUGCUCAGCUUUCCAGACUCAGAGAUUUCAUCGCUGUCAGGCCUCCUGGGCUUUGCUUCCCUUGAUCUCUUUCCUCUCACCCUCGUGGCUCGGAAGAGUGUGCGAGUGUGCGUGUGUGGGAAUGAGUGUGAGUGUGUGCACUCUUCCCUUCCAAACCUGCCAUCUCAGCACUGCACCUUCUUUCUGGGAGCCCCAGGUGGGCUUGUUGGGAUCUCAUGUAGACCCGGGUCCCACUGUGCCACGGUCAGCGAGCGGAGACGUUCCCGGUUGCAUUCGCAAGGUGCAAGCAGCUCAACAUUUGCACAUCUCCUGUUACUUAUUUCCAUUGGGCUCUUACCAGCAUGGUGUUGAUCUCUACACUUGGACUCUCAGGGCCACAUUCAUUCGAGAUUUACACCCAGCUCAGCCUUUGUGCAGUCAGUGGGAGUUGGAUGGGGUGUAAAGCACGGUAGAAGUCAAUUUUCCUCUGGUCACUAUGGGCCGUAUAUAGUAGCCAAGCUGGCAUCAGCCACGGGCUAGCCCAGAGGCUCCGAUUGUGAAGAGGUCUCACUGUACACGCUGUGAUGGGGAAGACAAUUUCUUCCACUCAGCAAAGGGUCAGCACGAGUAAGAGGCACCAAUAUACUGCUCAUAAGAGGUCCUCAGGCUCAUUUAUUGGGGUUGUCGCUCUCGGGAGCGCUACCCUAGUUUGAGAUGAGAGUCGGGGUUUCGGUGACUAUCCCUGAAGGAUGCAGCGUGUUGCACAGACUUUGCAUGAAGAAAUGUGUUGCUUCCCUGCCCAUCAUAACUGGCCCCUUGGAAGUGGGAUCUCCCGCUCACGAGGUGCCGUAAGGAAGGUGCCAGCUGCUCUAUUGCAGAUGGACAGGGUCGCUCUCAUUUCUCCGUGUAAUUUUAAAAGUCUAGCCUGGCUUGUAAUGUGCCCCCAGCCGUGUGUAUGCGCCGUGUAUGUGCGUGCGCCUUCUCUCUCUCCCUCUCCCCCCCGUUCUCGGAGGCUCAGAGCUGCUUUGAUUGAUUGUCUUCAGCUGCAGCUAAAGUCCAGCCAGCCAGUUUAUAGAGCUGGUUCCAGCCUCAAUUCUUGCUUUGAAAAACAUGACAUAUAAAACUAGCCGUUGGUUUUCCUACAUAUGGAUCUGAUGCUUGCGUUGAAGAUUGGUUUUGCCUCUUUCCUCCUGGAAUUGAAGGCUCGUUUGGAUACUGCGUCCCCUUGACCUCAGAGCACCUUUAUUCCAGUGCCAUGGUAACUGCCGGCUUGAAUUUAUGUGAUACCAUCAGAGUUCAGUAUUAAUAGCAGAUACGAAUAUCCCCAGCGGUUUCCAAUAGAAAACUAAUGUCAGUGUUGUCUGCAGUUACUAACUCUGUAAACCAACUCCUGCGCAGCUCGGCGCUACAGGUCGAAGGCUUGCUUUUAUUCUUGUUCCUCUUGCCGUGCCUGGCUCAUCCACGUCCGUUUGGUUUAAGGACAUUAUCACAGAGAAAGGGAGGAGGAGGAAUUUCGAAGACAAAACAUUCCCGCUUCCCUCUUGACUCUCCACUGCCGUGUGCCUUGAAUCAUCAUUGAUACUAAAGCAGAGCAAAUGCAAAGUCUUAUGGCUAGUGUCAGUGAGCAUAUUUCUGACCGGGUAGCAAUGCACGCCUGUCGUAUAAAUGGUUGUGUAAGGCACAGGGCAGUGGAGAGAUGAGUAGAGCCUUGUUCUGUAUCUCAGCCCCCGUGUUGGGCAGAUACAGCCACAGCACUUAUAAAGUUUAUGGAGAGCUGGAAGCUAUCUUCAUGGGAAGCCUGGCUUAGUGGUCUGAGCACAGGACUGGGAGCCAGGAAUUGCCAUAUGUCAUAAUGUGCAUAUGACAUAAGGAGCAGGAUAGAUUUCUGAUUUCUUAUUACCGCACUGUCAGCUUCCUCGUCUGCAACACUGAUAGCACCACCUGCCUUAGCACUAGCAGGUUGUGGGCUGAGGGCCAGUUGUCACAUGCUUUGAAGGCGAGCAGCCUUCCUCCGGUGCUAAAUAUUAUGUCCUUGCUGGACUGAGUAGGAGACGAGCACAGCGAUCGCGACCAUCCCAGCCUCAGGGGUGGUUAGCAUUGCAUGAUGCCCAGCUACCACGUGCUGUACACGCAGUGCAUCAGGUAUUACAGAGUCAUGACUAUCGACGCUCCAUCAUUUCACGCAGCGGAGGGUCAUGGUGCGAAGUUUCCCUGGGUCUGGAUUUUAUUUUUCAUUUGCAAAGGGGUCAGAACAGUUUCCUGAGGUGGGUUGUCCAGGUCAUUUUUACCGGGGAGUGUAUGAAAGAGCAUGGCGGUCCAGAGCUGCUCACAGUGAGAAGCAGAAGAGGGGGGGAAUAGCAAAUACUGCAUCAAACAUUCACUCUAGGCUAUGAAGUGCCUGCAGGAGCAUCUCUCCUAGUGAGAUGGUUGGUGGUGUAGCAUGGAAAAAGCACGUGCAGCUGUAGGGCCCAGCUCUCUGAAGGUUGUGUUCCUACAUCCGCUUGUGGAGAGGAAGACUUGGACACCCCAAUGAAGAGUCUGAACCCACCAUGUGCCAAUGACUGCGACUCGAAGCGCAGUCCAUAGGUUGCCACAAAUACUCCAUGCCAUGGCUUUUUGCAGGUAUUGCACGGGACUCCUCACUCCAUUACACAUGCUCAGAGGGGCUGGGUACAUUUGUUGCUGCUAUUUAAAUGCCAGGGGGUUGUGGGGGGUUUUUGGUUGUUUUUGCUGCUGCUGAGGAUGAAUCAGCCAUUUGCACAGGAGAUUUUCCAGGCGGCCUACAGGACUGUAACGCGCGUCCGUGUACUGCACCUCCUGCAUGGCGUGCGGCAUUUCUCUUGCCGUGUUUGCCGGUUACGGAAGGAGUCAGGGGCAGGAAGGGGGAUUUUUAUCUUGUGCAGCCCCAGGGCUCAGUUUGUGGAGGCGGGAUAGCAGUUUUGGAAGGCGGCGUGUCUAUACAGUGCAAAGAGGCAGAGCAUUCGUUCCAGAAAUGCCACUUUCAGGAGUCCUCCUGUAUGCCCCAUCGUUCUUCGUGCAGGUGUGUAUGGACUAAUCUCAGCUCCUCCUCCAUGCAAAAGCCUCAUUUCUCGUCAGAACAGGAGCGAUCUGUGAUGUGACUUCAGUGCGGCUGGCGGAGACAGCAUGGCCUUAAUAUGCAGAGAGAGCAUGCCACAAAGGCAAUUGCCAGCACGUGCUCACCCCCAUCCUUGGCCAACGUGUGUCCUUUUUUGUUUCAGCUUAAUAGGCUGUCUUUAAGGUGCUAUAGCAAUUGCUUGAUAAGAAGGGCCUCUAAAGUCCUUUCCAAUGCGGCAUUGAUCCCUUCAACGCAGUGCCACAGGCUGGGUCCAGGACAGUUGUAAAGGUCUCCAUGUCCGAGGUCUCCACAGGAAACGAAAUGAUGCUCUUGCCUCCCUGUGGCAAUCCCUGUAACCCCAUAUUGCUCCUUUUUCUUUUUUUUCCCCAUCCCAUUUCUCCUUAUGGUGUUCCCCAUCUCAGUAAUCUACACUUGAAAGUGCAGAAGCAGUGUCCUCCCUUUGUUACUGUUUUGCCAAACCUAGUCUUUCAGGCUGUCUUCAAAAACCUGCAGCCUCUAAAGGUAUUUGUUGGUUUUUGCUGAAUUUCUUCAUCUGCAUGGUGGUCUCUUAGGUACCGAACCGCCCAGCUGCACGCGGGAUUCCCACUGUGGGUGGAUGGAGACGUGGAGAUGCUCGUCGGUUUGCUUUGAUGGGUGCACAGAGGAAUAGUGCAGCUAUCCUAUCCUAUCCUAUCCUAUCCUAUCCUAUCCUAUCCUAUCCUAUCCCUAAACACAGGAUUGUUAGAGCUCAAUUCUCAGCUUGUUUAAACGGGCACCUGUUGAUUCUGCUGAAUCUACCCCCAUUUACUCCAGCUGGGAAUCUGUCCCAUUACCUAUUAAUGACUAUUCCCCCACAAUGAAAAGUGAUGAAUGGAAAUCCCCCUGGAUUAUCUACGAAGUGGCAGGUUCCACCCCAUUAAUCUUGAUUGUUGUCCUGUAGCUGUUUAUGUCUAAGGAACCACGUCUCCUCGUUCUGCGUGUAUGUACCGGAGGGUUGAGAUCGGAAAUCUAUGGAAAAAUAGUUAACAGCCCAGAUGUCCCCAUGUUUUACAGCCUGUUUUUCCCCGCCCCAGUGGGCUGUUUCCUUGAAAGCUAUUAGCCAGCAGCAAAGGGUGCAUUGCAGAGCUUUGUCUCUGCUGCUGGCCUCUCACUGAGCUAUAAAAUCCAGAUUGCUCUAUUAAAGGCUGAGCUAAAAUAUUAAUUAGGAGAUGUGAUCCUGUCUCACAAGAAGCAGAUGCAUAGCAUGAAAUGUGACAUGUGGCCGGCCAGCGCUCUGUGGGGGAUCCACGCAGUCAGAUUUUCUUCUCCCCGUGUCUCGAUGGGAAGAAAGCUUCUGCUGGGCUGCGUUCAGCAGGCAGAGCUACUUCUGCCUGCCCCAGCAAACCCACACAGGAAUGCCCAUUUUCCCCCUAAAAGUGUCUGCUUCACCCCGGUGGGGUUCAUUUAAUUCCCCAAAUCUUUGUAUUGGCGUCAGUGUUUUGCAUCGUGCGCACAGCGACGGGGGCGCUGGGACUGUUGGGCCCGCCGUGGGACAGCAGGAGUCUCGUGCAACAGCUGAGUGCACCGCACUACUGGAUGGGGCACGUCCUGAGUAAAGAACUACUAGGUUAGCACAAGCAACCGUUUCCCAGCACUUCUGCCCCCACUAACUCUGUAUUUAUAGUUGGAGCAAAGCAAGAAAUCUCCCCAGAGUCUCAAGCUGCCACUGCUGAGGGUGAGAGAUCGGCUGCGGCCGUCUUCUCUACCCAUCUCAAGGCGUGCAAUAGCACAGGAUGGUUAGCAAGGGGUUGUGCCUCAGAUUGUUUCCUGACAACCCCGAUAGAUCAUGCUCCCAUUUCUGUAACAUGUCAAAUACAGUCCAGUGGGCUACGGGGAGGGUUUAAUCCAUUGAGGAGCAAGAUUAAUAACCCUUUUCAAGGGACCUGGUGCAAUUCCACUCUGCAAAGGGAAAGUUGGAGGAAGUGCAGGCAUAAUUUGUGGCAGCAGGCAGAGGCAAGACCAAGGGACCCGCUGUGAUGCCGAUCUUUCCAUUUCCUUUCCACUCCUGAUCCAGCAGAAAAGUCCAUCUUGAGCUAGGCUGCUUCAGCCGUUAAGGGUUAUUUCCUUCCCUGGAUCUUGUGCCUCUCCUCCAGCUGAAUAAUUUGGCCCCAUCAGUGAUGAACUUUUUAAAUUGAAUAGCAAUUCUUAUUGCACUGUUUUCUCUGGGAGAGCCAUAGAUAGCACAGGCACGGCACAGACAGCGAGCCGCUGAAUCUCCCACUUCCAAAUAAAACCCACUUUGCUGGCUAACAUACUGUUAUCACCUACUGCAUGUGUGUGUACCACCUGCCCCGUAGUUGUGUUUCUCAGUAUGUUUCUGGGGUGAGAAUUGCAGCAAUGCAAAACCACUAGAGCAAAUGGGAGUGUCACUAAGCCAAGAGACAAAAGGUGACACCGUCUAGCAUUAUCUUAGACUAUAAGUCAGCUACACCCACCAUUAAUGCAGUCAAUUAGGAAAACGUCAUCCCUUAGGUAACUACAUUGAAACCUAUUGCAUUUCCCCAGGAAUGAAAUUGGCCCAGUAAUAUUUUUAAAUGAGCUAUUUUAAUGCUUUUAUCUCUCAACUGCUGGGAAACUAUUAGCUACAAAUGUCCUCAUCUCAGUUUCAGCCAGCCUUUAAGGUCUGUUUUGAUUCCUUGGGAUCUCAGCAGCAGCCCUCUUUUCAUGGUGUGGGGCAUAUUACCAAACGUUUUUAGCUCCGUUAUUACAUUCACUGAUUGAUUUAUUUCUCUAACUCGUGUAUAUUAAUAAUUCACAGUGAAGUAGGCACAUCUCAGCUCAGGGCGUCUCAGCAAACAGGAAAUGACGAGUUCCCCAAUAACACACCCUCUGCCAUUGGUACCAGAGUGAGCCUCGGUGAAAUCCUUCCCGGAAACGGAGUGGAUCUGGAUUUACUCCAGUGUCACCGAAAUCUGAAUCUGCCAGAUAGAUGCCAGCAUGGAUUGUGUUUACUUCCUAGAGAGACUUGCAGUUUCCUCUGAGCCAUGGGGCACAUUUCCAGAGGUUGGGAGGUUUCAUGAGGAUAAGCUCAGAAGCUACUUAAAUGCUCUGGAAAUAGGGAUGGAAAUCUCACAAGAUCAGAUGCUUUUUGGAGGCUUCCAAUACUUUGUGGUUUCAGCUAGACCGGAAAAAACUUUCCUAUAGUUUAUUUCAUGGUGUUUGAUAUAUUACUUCCAUUCCUCCAGCCUAGCCAAAUCCAGGAAGAACUGAGCUGUGCGCUGUUUUAAUAAGUGAAAGCAAAAAAGAGUUAACCGAGUGGUUUUGAUCUUGGCAGGAAUGCCUUUAUUUGGUUUGGGCUAUAGGAGGAUUCUGGCCUAUUCAGAUUUUAUCCUAUUCACAUCUCCCCUUCUAAAGUAUCUUUUAAAAAGCAAAUGAGGUGUUCACUUUGACAGAGUAGUGGAAAGGGCCCUUUGGGCAUGGAUAACCCAGUAUAACCGGCAUCAGUUUUGCAUGCAGAUCUAAAUUAAUCUGUGAUCAGGAAGGGACAAGCGUGCAGUGAUCUCAGGGUAGCUGCAUUCUGGAGGUGGCUGUUACGGUGCCUCUCAUUAGGUGUUGGGUAAGCAGGUAAUAAUAAACUCAUUGCUUUUAGCAAGUGGCUGAGAAAAUGGUGGACAGAUGUCACCUACACAGGUGUAACUUAUAUCAGUGGAGCUCUUCCUUAUUCUUUUAGGGGUAAUUCUCUACCAGAUUACUCUGGUUUAAUGACUUUUUACACCUGUGCAGACCCUUACAGUAGAUGACAAACAGACACUCAGUCUUUCCACAUCCACUUGUCCAGCAGCACUCCCUGCCAAUAGUUGAAACUGUGGUAUAACAGUGCAGGUACACACUGAGGCAUUGUCCAGGGACACAUCGGGCAGGAGAAGAGCGUGAGUCAGGCUCCAAGCAGAAAUUUCCAGGUGAGUUGGUGCCAAAAGACAUGCGAUAUGGAGAAUGGUAGUAGAACAAGUUGCCACAAUCCGGUUUGGAGAUAAGCAGGCUUGGACCAGCUUGUGCCCUGCAGCCUCAGGACGUGACGAUGUCUUGAUAAAGAGUCCAGGAGGAGUCCAACCUUCUGCCCCUGCUUCACUUCCCUAGGAUCUUCAUCUUGGUCGUGUCUCCAGUCCAACCUUUCUAUAUGGUCUGUUCCCAAUGAGUGUGUCUACACAUGCAUUUGGGUGUGCCUAAAUUUAAUGCGCAUUAGCUUAAUGUGCAUUAAGGCAAUUUAGGCUUGCAUCUACAUGUGCAUGCGGUAAAGUGCAUUAACGCUGUGUGCGUGGACUGACAUGGGACUAAAGUUAGUCCCAAGUCAAUCCAUACACAGCAUUGAUGCACCUUAAUGUGUCUACAUAUGCAUUAAAGCGCUUUGGUUAUUCAUGCCUAAAUUUUGAUACCUACAAAAGCAGGUAUCAAAUUUAGGCAUGAAUAGCCUAAAAUAGCCAUUUUUGAGGCACAUUAUGGGCCCGCAUGUGUAGAUGCGUGCCCUUAAUGUGCCUUAAAUCAGGAUAAAGCACCUUAAAUCGUCAUGUGUAGACGCACCCAGUAUUCUGCACGGGUCACUGCUUCUUGUGGGGUGCACGGUGGUGCUACAGGGCAUCUUAGGAGAUGAUCCGUGGUUUGCUUCUCCUGACAAACACAUGGGUCGGUUGCAGAGAGUGAUUGCAUGAGAAAGUUGCAUGAGGAUGGUAGAGAAAGGAAGAGGAGGCUUUCACUAUUCUUAGGAGUGCAGUGUUUCACUCUCACUUGGUUUGUCCCUGGUGUCCCACAGAGUACUAACCAAGGAGAGGCUGGUACAGAUUCAGCUUGAUUAUGCAGGCAGGUGCAUUUUAGAGGGAGGGAGAAGGUGGGUUUGAGCUACUUGAAAAGCUGCCCGUUUCUUUGAAAGCCUAGUGCCCAGAUCCACCGCUAACGUACACCAACAUCAAUCCAUUGAGUUCAAAAGAGCGGAGGCUGUCAGCCGUAGAGUCUGGUUUUGCUUUUGUGCCAAUGAUGUGUUUUAGACUGACCUAGCCGGUCGAGGUUUUCAAUUACAAAUUCUGCUCUCAAGGCGGAAGGAGUCUGAAGUACUGUAUAUACCGAAGGACAGGGAUGUGACGCUUCUUCCUCAAGUUAAAGAGGCACCGUACUCUUUCUAAUAAAAGAACAUUCACCCCUGCAUGAAUUUCCAGGAACAUUACCUGAAAAUUUCCAGUCCUUCUAAGCCCAGUCAUGUUUUUUGCGGAAGAAUACUGUGAAAAGACGGGCAGUGCCAGAGGUCCCUGAUUUGCACUGUUGGAGUGCGGAGAGGUAUAUUAAGUGCCAACUUAAAGCUGGAAAGGGGCAGUUGUGGGAGGGGAGGAGGGUUCCUGCUUUCAGGUUUCAUUUAAGGAGAAACUGCAAUCAGUGUCAUUGCUAUGGAAUCAGGAUCCAGUUCUGAUUUUGUCUACACUGGUGUUAUCUGUACAACUCUCCGUUAAGUCGAACAUAGGGCUAAGCCUUGCGCCAGAAUCCAGUAACUUAGACCACUUUGUAGUCUCCUUAGUAGAUUGGCCUCUGUUGCAUUGCAAAAACCAUGGUCCAGAGUGCAUUGCAUAUCAACAAUAAUAGAAUUGGGCUUUAAGUAUUUUAGGUAUAUUCUACAUGUCACAUAAAUUUCAAGGUGAUGUCACCCUUUCAUUACCUCUGUAACUGUGAAUUGUGUGUCUGAUGUUUUUGCUGACAGCUGCCAAUCAGGGCUGGGUGAAAUUUUCAUGACUGAACUGGGAAGUCUUCGAAAUUUUGCUACUUGUUUUGAUUCUCUCCCGCCAAAUCAUUUUAAUUUUGUGAAAGAGGUGGCUUCAAAAUGUAUUGUCGCCAAAACAGCCCCCUUUCAAGCAAAAAAAAUCUAGGUAUAUUAGAAAUCUUAAAAACUUAAGUUUUAAAAAAGCUUGGAAAAGAUCAGUUUGGGGCAUCAACAUGAAGGAAUUUUCUCAAUGUCUGUGCUACCUACACAAAACCUGCUCUCUGCUGAAAUCAGGGAAACCUUUCAGCAUUUUUAGAGGAAAAAUAAAUCAAACAUCAAUUGCAAAUGACUUUCCCAGCAGCGUGUUGGUGUCAAAGAGGACGCGGGUGAGGCAGCUGAGUAACACAUGGGUAACGAGGAGACUUUCAAGACCGCUGCAAAUCAAAUUGUUGGGGUUUUUUUUUUUUAAUUAAUAUAGUUUGCUUUAACUGUGAAAGUCUCCAGAUACCUUUGGAUGGAAUCUUCUCUCUCAGUAUUUAUUAUUUAUUCAUUUUUGGCUGCAGAGCCGACCCUAGGAGGGUGCGGGGCCUGGGGCAAAUCAGCCUGUGUAGGGGCUAUGGGAUUGCCACAAAGGCAUGGCACGCCAGUGCCGUAGCAGUGAAAUUUGGCGCCCAGGGCCAAGCGGUGGGCACGAAGCCAGCAGCGCAUGGUGGUGAUGGUGGGGGAUGGGGUUGAUGAGCAGCUGGAUUGGAGGGCCCGCGGCCGCUCCACCCGGCUCCUCAGGACCCCCCAAAACGUGGGGGCCGGCGUGGUCGUCCUGAUUCACCCUACCCAAGGGACAGCUCUGUCUGGCCUUACCUAAAAUAUUCUUAGGGAAGCCUCUGUCUCUGACCCCCUGAAUGUAACCUGAGUCUUUCUCUGUUCUCCUCUGACUUUGGAGGUGGCAAUUGUCUUCUGUUGGCUUUGUAUUAAAUUAUACCGAUUUGUAAUUUGCUUUAGUAACCUGUUCUGCUCUGUGAUUAGAUGUGGGGAUAAGCCUUUUUUAAACAUAUUGCAGUUUCCCUUUAACUAUCUUGGAGGCUUCUAAAUGAUUUAUUUUUCCAUCCAAAAUAAUGGUAUUGAGUGAGGAAGAGUUCCAGGUUGGUUGUAAUAACUGCAAGAAUGGAUGCGCUGUCUUCUCGGUUCAGGGGAAUGGGUCAGUCCUGUCGCUGUCACAGUGUUAUUAACCAGAAGUGCCACUGGCGAUUGCAAGGGAAAAAAAAUCCCUCCUUUUUUUUUCUUUUUAAAUACCUGUAAUUCUCCACCUGAACAAUAAAAUAUGUGAUUUGUGAUGAAUUAAA